AUGCCCCCGCCAGCCGACCACAAUAUGAGGUCUACGCCCUAUGGGAGUAGGCCCAGGAGCACUACCUAUUACCAGAAGGGUAGUGGGGAUGAAGGUGCAGUUAAGUGCCUUGGAUGUGGAAGUAGCGGGCAUAGGAAGUUCCAGUGUCCGAAGGGACGGCCGAAGCCAGUGGGAGCAGUUGCCGCCCAAAGAGACCUGAUAAAAUAUGUGGAGAAUAUGAAUGCAGAGAUACAAGAGGAGCCGCCGAAAGAUAAGGGCUUUGAGCACUUCACCAGUAAGGGCACAGUGAAAGUGGAGGGAAGUCCAGAGAAGGUGAUCAGAAUCCUUCGGGAUACGGGAGCUAACCAGAGUCUGAUCUUAAGUAGUGUACUCCCAUGGAAUGAGGAGACCAGCACUGGCAGAGAGGUCUCAUGCAAGGGUGCAGGAGGCAAGUUCAGUAUUCCCCUGCACAAAGUUUGGCUGGACUGUGGAUACGUCACUGGAGAGGUGACGGUGGGAGUGAAGGAGGCACUGCCCGUAGAUGGAGUGGAUAUGCUGGUUGGGAACGACCUGGCUGGAGGUCGAGUUAUCCCUAAACUUCAGAUGGUAGACAACCCUCUGAUAGGGAUGACGGAAACCACCACUCCAGCAGCAGUCCCUCACUCAACAGAUGGGGAAGCAGAGGUGCCUGAAUUGUUCCCAAUCUGCGCAGUGACCCGAGCGAUGGUCCGGAAGGAACGCAUGGACACCGAGGGAGCAACGCAGGAGGACGAAGGCCUGGGCGUUCUGUUUGAGGAACCUGAUGAAAAAGGAACUAACCCGGAGUGCGCGAGUGGUGGACCGGUUGUAGGUCAGGUGGGGCCCAACCUUGAUUUUCUGGUAGAAAAGAACGAGUUGAUAAAAGCUCAGGAGAGUGAUGAAAGCUUGAAGUCUGCUUGGAAUGAGGCUAACAGGCUGGGUGAGCUUGACAAUGAGUACGUGGGCUACUACGUGAAUAACAGGGUGUUAAUGAGAAGUUGGAGGCCCCUGACAGCCCCAACCUCCGAUCACUGGAUGGUGAAAAGGCAGAUUGUGGUGCCAUGGGUGUAUAGGAAGAAAAUUUUGGAGAUGGCACACGAAGGUAAUCUGGCAGGACACCUGGGGGUCAGAAAAACCCUAGGAAAGAUCCUGUGUCAUUUUUACUGGCCCAGAGUGAGAGGUGAUGUGAAAGAGUUUUCUAAAACUUGUGGUUUGUGUGAGAAGGUGGGCAAGCCGAACCAGGUGAUUCGCCCUGCCCCCCUUCAUCCUAUACCUGUGGUCGAGGAACCAUUCAGUAAGGUGGUGAUAGACUGCGUAGGUCCUUUACUAAGGACCCGGAAGGGGAACCAGUACUUGCUGACUAUUAUGUGUAUGUCAUCCAGGUUUCCUGAGGUCAUUCCCCUCAGGAGUAUAAACUCUAAAAACAUUGUGAGGGAAAUGGUGAAAUUUUUCUCCUGGGUGGGAAUUCCUAAGGUGUUGCAGUCAGACCAGGGAAGUAAUUUCACUUCUCGUGCGUUCAAGGAAAUCCUAAGGGGUCUAAAGAUUGAACAGAGACUGUCGAGUGCUUAUCACCCUCAGUCUCAGGGUUGUGUAGAAAGAUUUCACCAAACUCUUAAAAACACUCUCAGGAUGUACUGUGAGGAGAUGAGUGUUCAGUGGGAUGAGGCAUUGCCACUAGCCUUAUUCGCGUUAAGGGACAGUGUGCAGGAGUCAACUGGUUUCAGCCCAUUUGAAUUAGUGUAUGGCCAUGAGGUGAACGGUCCUUUAAGGAUGGUGAAAGAAAAAUGGUUAGGAGUAGAGGAGCCUCAUACUGUGGUGAAAUAUGUAUCUGAUUUCAAGGACAGAUUGAUGAGAGCUAGGGAAAUUGCUCGGGAAAAUCUGAAAAAUAGUCAGAGUGAAAUGAAAGGCUGGUAUGACAAGAAGGCGAAGGCCAGAUCUUUCCAGCCUGGGGACAAGGUAUUGGUUCUUUUCCCAUUGCAGGGUGAUCCUUUCAAAGCCAGGUUCAGCGGGCCUUGGGAGAUUGAGAGAAAAAUGAGUGAUGUAAAUUACAUUGUAAAAACUCCAGGGAGGAAGAAAAGGAACCAGUUGUGUCAUGUAAACAUGUUGAAGCCAUUUCAUGAAAGGGACAGAGAAAAUGGAGGCGAGGUAGUAGAAGGAGAAAGAACUGUGAGUGUUGUAAAUGUAACCACUGAGGCGGAAGAGAAGUGGUCUGAAGUGAAAUUGAGCAGGUGUGAAGAGAUGGUGCUAGAGAACUCAGCUGUGUUAGGGAAUUUAAAUGAUAAACUGUGGCACAUGGAGCUAGAGGAGAAGGAGAGGAUUAGAGAGAUAAUUGAAAGGUUCAGUUCUUUGUUCCCUGAUUCACCUAGAAAAACUAAUGUGGUGGUGCACGAUGUGGAUGUUGGGGAGGCUGAACCCAUCAAACAGCAUCCCUACAGAGUUAACCCGCAGAAAAGAGAGAUCAUGAGAAAAGAAGUAGAGUAUAUGCUGGAACACGACUUGAUUGAGCCCAGUGAGAGCCCAUAG